AUGAGUGCACCCAAGAUCCUGCAACCACUGGCGACUGUACACGCAGGCCAGAACGGUGCCAGCUCAGGCGCAUGUGUCCUGGAGCUGGCUGCCACAUCAGCGCGCGACUGCGUGGCAGCUGCCCUGUCAGACGGCCGCUGCCAGCUGUACGCGGUGUCGGGGGCGACGAUGGAUUUUGCGGGGGAAUGCGUCGGCCACAAGGGAGCCAUAACAGGCAACCCUUACUGA